AUGGUUGGCUCAGGGUCGUGCGCUGCGAAGUGUUGCAGUCCCAAAGCACGCAUGGGUUGCGGCGCGUGGAACAUCUUGACGUCAACCUUCGUGUUGAUUUACGCGUGCAUGGAGCAGUCGCGUUACAAACCAUUCUUCACGCCCAUUGAGUGCACCAUCCCCUUACCAAGUGCUGAUGGAACUCAGCUCACGAACGCGUGCGAGAACCCCAAUGAGUACAGCAUCACUACGAAGAAAGAGGACAGCAUGACGAAUACGUACAUUCAGGCGUUUUCCACAACAACCAGCGAACGUUAUCUGUUUCACAUCGGCCACGGCGCUCCGUCGCAUGAUGUGGUGUUGCAGGCGAACGGCGCUUGCGACAUUGUUGCUGACGUAUUUUUGAAUCUGACUGCAAUGCAAACGCCAGCCUUCGCAGGCAUCAUUGGAUCCUUGUUUUUGCAGGGCUACUCCCCCAUGUACACCCACACCAUCUCAACUGAUGAGGUCUGCAUGACGAUCAUGGGUUUGCCACUCUGCUCUACGGCUACCAGCGACUUGUGGUGCGGUUGGUUGAGCGGCCCUUGUUUCGUCCCUGGUCCAAACGACAGUGCCCCGGCAGCAUUCAAUCCUACAUGUGUCUACACUGGCAUGGUUUGUAGUCCGACAGAGGAGGAGAUGUUGAAAUGGGCAACCCCUGAACAUUUGGGCCUCGCAGUCAUUGGCCAAGACCCCUGCCCAGCGCACACGGGUCUGCCAGCAAGUCUCAAUUGCAGCGUAGUGUCUGCGCCAUUUAUCGACACCAACAUGGUCCAGCAACCUAUCAGUGGCUUCGUCGAGGUGAGGUUGACCGAGGAGGCCAGGAAGGCGGCGAAAGGAGCGGAGAAUGUCGUCACGAUUUUCACCUCUGUGGUCAUAGCCGUCAGUGCUCUGGUAAUCGUUUAUAGUCUUGUGGAUGUGGUGCGCGCUUUCCGCGCGUGGAAAACGGUUGAGGUUUCUGGGCCACCAGCUAGCAUCGCAGCUUCUGGGCUUCCGACUGUGCUAGCAUCGAAUCAGGACCAGGAUCAGAAGGGGGCGCGGCCUGUGGCCGUCUGA